AUGGAGUUCAGCGAGCGGGAGCUGCUGGACGCGCUGGCCGGCCUUCUGGCUGUGCUCGGCUGCUUCACCAUGCUGCUGCUGCAGCGCUAUGGCACGUCGUAUGGUCGGUACUCGUCGUCCAGCUGGUGCUGGCAGGUGCCGGCGCGGCUGGCGUGGGUGCUGCAGGAGCUGCCCUCGCUGGCCCUGCCGCUGCUCGAGUGCGCCCUCGCUGACCACCACCUGCGCCGCGCACCCAACGCCCUGCUGCUGGCCAUGUUCAUCAUCCACUACGCACACCGCACGUUGAUCUUCCCGUUUCUGAUCCGAGGUGGAAAGCCGACGCCACUCCCAACCUUUGUGCUGGCAGUCCUGUUCUGCAUCUUCAACGGCUACCUGCAAGGCAGAUUCCUGAGCAGAUACGCGGACUAUCCUGCCGACUGGCUCACAGACCCCCGCUUUGUGACCGGCUUUGUCUUGUGGUUAGCAGGCAUGGUGAUGAACAUCCAUUCGGAUUACAUUCUAAGGAAUCUCAGGAAACCAGGGGAGACUGGAUACAAAAUACCAAGGGGAGGCCUGUUUGAGUACGUGACGGCAGCCAACUACUUCGGGGAAAUCGUGGAGUGGUUUGGCUACGCGAUGGCCACCUGGUCUGUCCAAGGCGCUUCCUUCUCACUGUUCACCUUCUGUGUGCUCUCCUCCCGAGCACAGCAGCAUCACCGUGCCAGCCAGAAUGCCGCAGUGCCAGCCAAGAAGAGACCCAGCAAGAGCAACAGUCUGCCAGCCACCAUGGAACUCCAGAGGAGCAAACACCGUGUGACAUCAGAGGAGCCACGACUACCUGCCACUCUCCACAACCACAACUCAGCCCCGCCACAGUCCUGUGACCUCAGGGCACCACCUCAGAUCCAGCCAUCACCCUUGGAGCUAUAA